UGUCAGAGCAAUUUGACGUUAUUCAAUGUUAGAUGAAAAAUUUUUAAAUUGCUUUUAGAAUUUGUUUUUGAACUCAAAAUUAUAAAACCAUGUUCAAUCCCAAAAUACAAGACAUUGGAUACUUUGUGCUGCUGACAUCCUUGCACUUGGGCUCGAAUCUGCAGCCUGUCAUCGAGGCGAAUGCCAAUUUAAAGUCGGUCUAUCCCUCUGUGGAUCGAAAUCUAACACUCCAAUUGGGCUAUAAAUAUAAUCACUGGAUGCUGGUCAAGGCCGUAAUGUAUUCCCUACUGACCUUGAUCGGAGUUUGGUACUGCCGGCACUUGAGAGGUAUCAAAAGUGGGGUAUCGUUAGAAAUAAAAGGUAUCCUUAAAACUAAGGCCACUGCUGCCGAGCAAGUCAAGAACAAUUGGAUCAGCAAACAGGAUUCCAAAACGAAUGAGGGACCAUUUCCGGGGAAUGUACUCCUGUUGUUUGCCUUGCCAUGGAUAUUGACCUUUGUGACCAGCGGAUUGAUCAACUAUAUUCGAUUUUAUAUGGUGAUUCAGCAUUUCUGCAUCUCCAACUGGAGGGCCAUUCAGCUCUACGGAGAACUGCAAGGACUUUUUUGGCAUCGUUCUGCAUUAGUGGCUUUAAUACCCUAUUGGUCGCAAAUUAUCAGCGGAGGAGUAUCCUUGGAGAAGGGGUCACAACUUCCAGGAAAUUUUAUUUCCAUUGAAACGCAUCUAUUGGACUGAGCAUGGCAAUCCCCAUAUACAUUUUGUAUUUUAUGUUUGAUGCCCAAAUUAUAAAUAUAAGAAAUAAAUCGGUUUAGUUAAAUAGU